ACUUCGUAUAAUCAUUAAUCCUUUUGAAUUUGUUAUUGUUGAAAAAUUGAAUGCCGUAUUAGAAGUUUUUAAUAACGCAACUCUUACUUUUUCCCAUGUUUACCAACCAACUACAAAUACAUUUUUUAAAGAGUGCAUUACAAUCGCAACAUGUUUUCGUGAAAGUAUGGCUGAUCCAGAUUUGUACCCUUAUGUCUCUCCUAUGAGAGAUAAAUGGUGUACUUAUUAUUUGUACAUUCCUGAUAUUUAUAAAAUAGGUAUUAUUUGUGAUCCACGAUUUAAGAUUGAAAAUUUUAAAAUUCUAAUUGAGUAUUACUACAGUUGUUUUUUAGAUAAAAAUAGUUAUUACUACAGCUAUUUAGUAGAAUGGAAAAAUGAAAGAGAUAAUGCUAUAACUCUUUUUGAGGAUUUGUUUAAGGAAUAUCAAGGGUUAUACGGUACUGUACAAGAAGAAACAGCACCACCUCCGCCCCCGAAAUCAAAAAAAGGUUUUGCCGGCAUAGUCGGUGGGCUUCUUACAAAGAAAGGGAAACGUGCCCAGUCUUCGACGAGUUCAAGUGGUACAACAGUAAGCUCGCACAACGAACUUGCUAUGUACUAGGGUGUGCCAUGCGAUUACGAUGACGACGAUGUCGAUUUUGACGUGCUCGGAUGGUGGAAGCGAAAGGAACACAUGUUCCCAUGUCUCGGCAUGCUAGCAAGACAAGUGUUGUCCGUCCCAGUAUCAACCGUAGCAGUUGAACGAGAAUUCAGUGCUGGCGGCAACAUUCUAACCGACUACCGAAGUUGUCUUAACGCUGAAUCUCUUGAAACACUGGUUUGCAACCAAGAUUGGCUCUUGGCAAGACGUCGGGCUCAAGAGUCAUCGUACCAACUCGAAUCAGAGCAUUACAUGAAUGCAACCACAGAUGGAAGUCCGAGUUCUGAAGAAUAAGUUAUAAAUUUUUUUUAUGUUAAUCACGCCGACCCUUAUGCGCCGGAUCUGCUUUGCUGAAAAAGUGGAGGUCCUCUAUCUUCCCGGUCGCUCAUAUUGGUCUAGAGGAUGAUGAAGGGCCCUGAAACCAUGGCGGCGACGACAUAGGAUCUAGGCUGCGAUUGCAGCGCCGGAUUCCAAUGGCGGCGUCGGACUCGGCUGCGGCGAGAUGGGGCUGGGCGGGCAGCAACUACAGCGAAGAGGGAUUGAAUGCCACAGCGACCUAGAUCCAUCCGGCGGGGAUGAGAUGUAGUUGAGAGCCUUCGAGGUCGAGGUGUGGCGCCCGUGACAAUGAUCUCCGCACGGAGAAGGGAGCGUUCCGCCGGAGUUAUCAGCGGUACAGACCUUCUGGGAUGAAUUUCCAGAUUAAGAAAAAUGAUGAAUCCUCCAAAUCCUAAUUUGGGUUUUCCAACUUAAAAAGAAAUGACGAAUUUGGAGGAUAAAAAAUCAAAGGAAAAAUUGGAGAGAGCACGCUUGAUGCGUUCGAUCUCUAAACGAGAGCACCAUUGUUGGGUUAUGGA